UUACUUGUAGAAUAUGAGAAGGUAUUGAUACAACAUACAAAACGUGAUGACUGGUAUAUGUGGGCCAAUAUGAAGAAAGGGGGAAUAACUCUACCUGUAUUUACAUCAUUAGAUGCUUACUGGCCAGGAAUUCAGUGUAUGUUAGGAGAUGUAGAAGAAGGAAUGAAAACAAUCCAUAACUUCCACCAGGUGGCAAAACAGUAUGGUUUUACACCUGAGUUUUAUAAUAUACCAAAAGCUGAGGUUCAUCAACAACGAGCUGGAUAUCCACUUAGACCAGAGUUGGUAGAAAGUGCUGUUUAUUUAUAUCAAGCUACGAAGGAUCCAUAUCUUAUAGAAAUAGGAAUAGAUUUAUUAGAAGCUGUAGAACAUAGCUCUAGAACUAACUGUGGUUAUGCUACGAUAAAAGAUGUAAGAGAUCACAGACUAGAUAACAGAAUGGAGUCGUUUUUCCUGGCCGAGACGACUAAAUACCUAUAUUUACUGUUUGAUCCGGACAACUUCAUUCAUAAUAACGGAGCGAAAGGCACUGUUAUCCAGACGCCUAGUGGUGAAUGUGUUAUAGAUACUGGAGCUUAUAUCUUCAACACGGAAGCUCAUCCUAUAGACAUGGCCGCCGUCCAUUGCUGCAGCGCCGCAAAAAAGGAAGAG